AAGUACCUCUCUGUAUGCAGGACUGCCUGGGUUGCUUGCUAGCUGUUCUAACAAUGUGAUAAAGUGAAUUUGGUGGUGUGAUUUGCAGUAUCUUGGAGGAAAGUGACACCGACUGAAUUUCCUGUUUGAGCUGGGGUUUUGGUUGCAGUCGUCAUUUGUCUUAAUGUCUCCAUGGCUGAUAUACUCGCAUUGAAUCAUUUUUGCAGAAGCCAUGCUGACUCGCAUAUAGAAAGAUUAAAUUGUAUUCUCUACAAAGCACCACAUAUCACAAAAAGAUUUUGCAAGGUAUUCUCAUUCAAAUUUAGUCCAGUUUAUUCCAAAAUGGCGCAUUUCGAUACACUGAGUCUCAUGCACAGAAACAGGAGACUCAACUGCUCGAUUGAGACACCGUGGAAUUUUUUGAUGAUACUUACUCAGGUAGCUGUUCCAAAACAUAUGGUCUGAAAUCUGUAAGGCAAAAAACAAUGACAAAUAAAUGUUACCAAGUACUGUACCCUAGUAGGGGAAAAUUAUCUAGAGAAGGCAGGCAGACAGCAGGUCUCGCACCCAACCCUGCACUGGCAAGAGUUGCUUUGGAGCUUUUUGCGGGAGUCCUAAUUCAGAGUGGGGUCCAGAAUAUUGAUAGUAAAACUAAAAAUCUUUCCUCUCGUCAACAUCAUGCUCCCCGUGGUGCUGAGACAGGCGGGUGGAACUGCAAAAUGGACGGCAGAGGAGGACCUAAGGCAGAGGGAAUGGAAUUUGUGGUGACACUAAGGAGUUCUUAGAAAUAGGAGGGAGUGAGGUUAUGGAUAGACUGCACUUAUAUAGUCAAGAGGAUAAAAAAAAAAAUACUGCCUGAAAUAGGAAAUAAGUUUAUGGAAAUCAGAGACAGCCACAUGCAUCUGGUGGCAAAAAGUUGCAUCAAGCAGAAAUCUGGAGACAAAACAGGAGUGGUUAGAUGUUGUAUAAUACCCAUAAAUAAAGUCAGCUGUUCACAAUUUUUAUGUCAAAAGACAUUAAAAUUGUAAACUUUAGCUGACGUUGAGACAUCUGCAAGGCAUUACAUGCCUGCUGACACACAGACUCACACACACAUGGCAAGAAGAGGAGGAAAACAGUUAGCUGGUGAUCGCCUGUGAAAUUAAUAACGAUAUAUAAAAUAUUUAGAGCACUUUUUUGGACACUCAAGGCGAUGUGAUUGUAGGAGCUACUUCAUAAAGGUCAACUAUAGCACAACAAAAUAGGACACCCACCACAGUGAAGUUGGGGCACCACAUACCAUCUGUUGCUCAACGGCAACCAAACUCCAUCUUGGGUGUUAGAGGUGGUGGAUUGAUCCAAAAUAUUGAAAAUAUUCAUACCAAGUCACUAUCAGAUGGAUACUAAUUCAAUAAGAUUGAUAGUUCAGUUUUGCAUUUCCUCUUGAAAUUUUAUUUUAUUUUUGUAUCGAGUACCUCUACUACUGACACAACAGUAUUCCAGUCACCCCUAUUAGUAACACAGGUAUGGGUAACAUAUGGAUUCAACAAGUAUGUAACAACACUUAGCAUAAGCAGUUACAAAGUCGGCCUUCUAUCACCUGAAGAACAUCUUCAGGAUUACAGACUAAUGUCUCAGCUCGAUCUAGAGAAACUCAUCCAUGCGUUUAUCUUUAGUUGCAUUGAUUACUGGAACAGCGUCUUUACAGGUCUGACUAACAAAUAUCCUCCAGCUGCAGCUGAUCCAGAACGCUGCUGCUGGUGUUCUCACUAAAAUUGGGGGGUUGUGCUGGAAUGUAUGGAGGUGGUUGUGUAUACAUUAAAGAUCUGCUGUUGUUGUACCAACCUUCCAGACCCCUCAGGUCUUCAGGUUCUGGUCUGCCCUCCAUGCCCACAACCAGAACCAAAUGAGGAAAAUAAGCAUUCAGCUUCUAUGCACCACAAAUCUGGAACAAACUUCCAGAAAACUGUAAAACAGCUGGAAACACUGAGUGUUUAAUUCUAGACUAAAAGUUGCUUUUGAAACGUAAUGAAUUAAGAAUUUAACGAUGGCAUUUGACUUAAUAUAAUGUUUUGAUUGUUGGUUGUAUGUUGCAUGACUUUGUGGUUUUAUGAUGUGAUGCACUUUGAAAUGCCUUGUUGCUGAAAUGUGCUAUACAAAUAACAUUUGAUUGAUCGAUAAGCAGUUUAUUUGGAAUGGUGAGUUGUUUCUCUGCCACAGACACGUUGAGCAGUGGAUACACAAGCUUGACUGAGAGCGCUUGUCACAAUGACAAAUUUUGCUGGAUGAUACAUUGUUUCAGAAGUUAUUCCAAUAAAUUAUAUUUUUGUUUUGAGACCAUUUUCAAGUAAUGCAAUGGUAAUGACAUAAUGUAACAACAAAUAAAAUGAAUUAUGAAGUUUCUGUAAACAAAAUUCUUCUUUAAAAAGGGUCUAGUUGAAACUGAACAUUUUUGUUGUUCAGUUUUUGGUAGAGAGAGAGAGAGAGAGAGUAAAGAUAAAAACAAUGAAUGAUGCAAAUGGACAGAUUAUCUGUCUCAUAUUAUAAACUGUCAACAUAGUGGCAGUUUAAGCAAAUAUGUAAAAAAUAUUAAUUUAUAAAAAUUACAUACUGCAGCUUUAAACAUGUCAAUCCACUUUCAAAUCCUUUAAAAAAGACGGCAAAAUAAACUCUGGUUCUAAACACAGAAUCAGCAGGCAGAGAAUUCCAGAGACACCAGCUCAGAUACAAGAAAGUUACAGAAAUACAGUUCAUAUCGUGCUUAAAGUAACAUUUAUUACUUUCAUGAAUUGCUUUGAUGAAUUUUUAAGUUUCUUGUUGUCUUGUGUUUGCAGGUUGUUUAUCUUGUAUGCCUCGUUUUAGGACACGGAGAAGAGAUCUUUGGAGACAGGCUUCCAAUAACCAACGUAUAAAGAUCAGUGGGUCUACCUUUCCAAGAGUCCUUCAAAAGACGUGCCUGUUAGCUAAAAAAUAAAUAAAAAAAAAAACAGCACACCACAGAAGAUAGUUUGUUAAAAUAUACAGCAUCCAUAUCGCAACCAUGAAAGAAGAAGAGAACAUUCUGGAGCGCAGCGAUGUAGCCCCUGAACCAUCGUCCAUUGUGACUUUUGAAAACAAAGCUCAAAAAGCUUCAGGGUCAAAAAUAGCUCCUCCAGUGGCACCCAAACCUGCUUGGUUUAACCCAAGUCUGAGGAAAAUACAAGUGAAUUCAGAUCAGAGGAAGCAAACCAGUGAUUCAAAGGAGAUACCCGAGGCAGGUGUUACCAGAAGCUUUGGAGGCAGGUCUACCUCAGGUACUGUUAGCAUGUCAUUCAAACAAAAGAUUCGCUCUUUUGAGACAUUUUCUACUGCAGAAGCUCAGGAAAAAAGAGCCAGCAGAAGCUCCACUCCCCAUUCCAACUUGCUUACUUUGUUAAAACAGGAGUCUGAAAGUGCCUGUCAUUCUUAUCCUGCCUCAGACAGACAUGAUGGCAAGAGCAAACAAGACAUCCCAAGAGAAAUGCAGUCAGAUCAGUCAACAUUUGUUGUAAAAGAGAACAUCUCUGUUCCACCUUCUGUCAUCACAUCAGCUAUGGACCAAGAUUACUGUCAAUCUAAAGCCAAGAUGUCUGAAGAUCAGCUUUCUUGCUAUGAGAUGGGUAUUAAUAACCUACCGUCUGACACCACCUGCUUUGAAACCGGCUCUGUAAUGGAUGAUGCUAAUUCAGUCUCUGUCCAUGAUGGUUGCAAACUCCAACCAUCCGAAAAGGAAUCUGAGUCAGAGAAAGUGGAUAUCAGCAAGUCCAGUGUCUUACCCUCUGCUUCCUUAGUGAGAAUGAAUCAAAAGGAAGGAGAGAAAAAUUUAGAUGAGAACUCUGGAAAUGAUUGUGAAGAGCGUCUGAGAACAGCUCAGAGCACUUUCCACACAACGGAGUGUCAGCCCCAGAAGAGCCAGGAGGGAGAACAUUUUGGGAAAAUUAUCGCCUUCAGCAAUCAGGUUUCACAAGCAAUAUUGCGUUCCCUUCCUUCUUCUGACCAUGGCAACCCUCAAUCCCAAAAAUUUCUGGAGACUCCACUUAAAGAUGUUGACAAUCCCCAAGAGUCUGAGCUGGGUAAAGACUGCACAAACAAAGGUUUCUCUGUCAGCCUAGCCACUCUGACAGAAUGCACCACUGAGCAAGGAAGGCAGACCUCUGACCGAGAAACCUACGCUCAUUCUGUCAUCUCAGUUAUCCCUUCUCAGGAAAUACAGAAGAUGAUUGAGGAAGUUGAAGCUUUGGAUGAAGAGACACUGAAGCAACUAUUGAACAUCCAUGUUGUGAUUCUGCACAAAGACGUAGGAGCAGGGUUAGGCUUCAGCAUCGCUGGAGGAUGUGACCUGGAGAACAAAGCUCCAACAGUGCACAAGGUGUUCCCCUGCGGACUGGCAGCUCAAGAGGGAACCAUUCAAAAAGGAGAUGUGGUUUUGUCCAUUAAUGGUGUAACAUUGUGUGGUGUCAAACACAUGGAUGCCACUGCUAUUUUGCGUCAGGCUCGUAAUCAAACUUUGGCUGUGGUAGUCAUCUGCAAGAGAACUAACGAAGAGGAGAAGGAUGGAGGAAACAGGAUGGGAGAGGAAGUAAUGGAACAAGAAGUCCCACUGAGUGUUGAUGUGGAAAAAGGUACUGGUGGAAUUGGCUUUUCUCUGGAAGGAGGAAGAGGAUCAAUUCAGGGAGACAAACCCUUAGUCAUCAACAGGAUAUUCAAAGGUGGAGCAGGAGAGCAAAGCGGUCUGCAAUGUGGAGAUGAACUUCUGCAGGUUCAAGGAGUGAGUCUACAGGACAUGACCAGAUUUGAGGCAUGGAAGAUGAUCAAGGCUUUGCCUGAAGGGCCUGUUACACUUGUAAUCAGGAGAAGGCAGGUGGCAGAGGACUAAAAGUCAUAAAGCACCUUGGAAAAAAUAUCCACACCUACUGAGCAUUUAUGUAACAUAUUGAUCAACAUUAAACAUAGAGCUGUCAAGUUAAAGGAAAUUGAUAAAUUGUUUUCAAAAUGUUUUCCAAAUAUAAAGGACUGUCAGCUUCUUUACAUUUCCACAAGAACAUUGUGGUUUUGGAUUUCAACAUAAAAACCAGAACCAAUUAGUUACAGAAAUUCCUGUAAUUAAUAAAGAAGGUUCUACUGUGUUUAAUUUACUAUCAGUAUAAAUCCAGGUGUUCUGUUUUGUUUUUAUGUAACAUAACACCAAGUUUACAAUAAAUGUAAUCUUAGCAUUUACAGGAAAAGCACAUAUACAUACAGACUGGUUCAAUGGAAUGGGCAGAACCUCCGGGCUUAGAUUAAAGCAGAUUUAUCUCUUAGAAAGGAGCAGUGACCAGACUUUAAUCUGAGAAUAUGUAGAAAGACUUUUAGAUUGAUGUUUACAGCCACUCUCCAUUCAAUCAUUGCCAUGCUUGAGCUGUUCUUCAAAUAAUAACCAUCAAAAUCUUUCCCAGAAAUUCCACAUUAAAUACACUAAAGUUUGAGAUUGUAACAUGUCAGUUGGGAGAAAAGUUAAAGGAGCUUGAAUAUUUUUGUGUAGGAAGAUGGUGACAAAUUAAUAUGACAAAAAAGAAAACAGCAAAAUUGCUUCCAAGUCUGUAAAAUGUAUCCAUUAAUUGUUUGAAUAAUAUCUUACUUUUAUUUUAAAAGAAUACAAGAGCAAAAUAGCUAAUAAAUACAUGUUAAUUAAAUCACCAACAGAUCUUUUAAAUUAAAUUCCUCUUUCAGAAUAAAAACACUGAACAAAUACAAGGAGUCCUUUCUUAAAAUCAACACUCCAGUCCAGUCAGAUCUCUGAUCCUGGACACAAAUGGAACAUUAGGGUUGUUGUAUUUAUUAGUUUGGUUUAAAUGAUAGAUCUGCUUUAUAAUACAACAUACAGUAACAUAUGGUUUCAUAUAUGCAGUAUGGAUUACUGUAGGGACUUACACUUAUCUCAAGGGAAAUAUACUGAGUUCUGGAUAUAGGUUGGUUCUAUUUCUGCAACUGGGCACAAAAAAAUCAGCUUAGUAUCCGUUUUUCAAUUUAGUUUUGGAAAUAAACCUAAGAAAACCUG